AUGCUCGCCACAAGCCGCAGUCCCAAGCCUCUUACUCCUUCAUCGCGCAGCCCGCAGUCUGAACCCAAAGAAACACCCUCUCCCACCGAUACGACACAGUCCAUCAUGAUCCAACAAGAGCAGGAGGCUAAAGAGAGAGUCGGCCUCAUCAAGGAGACUCCUCCGAAAUGGAAGCCAUCGAGAACAGAAGCUCUGGUCAUGGUGACCUUGGCCAUCAUCUCCUUGAUGGUCAGCCUCGACGCCACUGUUAUUGUCACUGCCCUGUCGACAAUCGUCCAGGCCCUGAAUGCCACAUCCACCCAAGGGUUUUGGAUAGGUACUUCCUAUCUCCUUGUCGUGGCGGUGACGAUGCCAUUCACAGCCUCCAUCAGUGAUAUUGUUGGACGUCCUCAGACCCUCUUCACUGUCUUGUUGAGUUUCACCGUCGGCACCAUUCUUUGUGCCACCGCCCACAGCAUCGGCAUCAUGCUCGUUGGCCGUUGCCUGCAGGGCGUCGGCGGCGGUGGCGUCAUUAUCAUCUCCCUCGUCAUCUUUUCGGACAUUGUCCCUUUGCGAUUCCGCCCAAAAUACGUUGGCGUCCUUCAAGGAGCAUGGGCCUUGGGAAGCGUCAUUGGACCUAUCAUCGGCGGCGCCUUCGCCAGCCCGACUCGCUGGCGUUGGGUCUUCUCUAUGAUGUUGCCAUUUUGUGGUGUGGGGUUGGUCUUUGUGCCGCUCUUCGUGCGGCUCAGGCGUCCCGAGGCCACCCUGAAGGAGAUGCUGGGCCGUGUCGAUUGGAUCGGCGGGGUCCUCUUCAUCUCUUCCGCAACCAGCUUCCUCAUCGCCAUCUCGUGGGGCGGCACAACAUAUGCUUGGGAUCACUGGAGAACCCUGGUGCCCUUGUUGGUCGGCCUGGCUGGUCUGGUGGCCACCAUGAUAUGGGAACGAUUUGGCGCCAAAGAGACUGCAUUCUUGAGACAUUCGCUAUUCCACGUGUGGUCGGCCCAUGCCAUCUACUUUGGCGCUUUCGCCCAAGGCCUCAUUCUUUACGCACAGCUCUACUACAUCCCCUUCUUCUUCGAAUCUGCCAAACUCUAUUCUCCCAUCCGCACCGGCGUCUCCCUCCUGCCCGUACUGGUGACCCUGGUCCCGGCCUCUGUCAUCGUCGGCGCUGUCAUCACGCGGACUGCCAAGUUCCGGUGGGCUAUUACCACCGGCUGGAUCCUGGCGACGCUGGGCACGGGCUUGAGCAUCUCGUGGAACCGGGGCACUCACACUGCCGUGUGGGCGGUGGAGAUGGUGAUCCUCGGGUUCGGGCACGGGCUGAACCUCAAUGCGCUGAACACGGCAUCACAAGCAGCGUGCAAGCCCGGCGACGAAGGGCGAGCGGUCGGCAUGUACGCGUUCCUGCGCAGCUUCGGCAUGGCCGUCGGCGUCGGCGUCGGAGGAUCUGUAUUCCAGAACGUCAUGAAGUCCAAGCUCGCGUCUUUGGGCUUGCCCACCGACAUCGCCCUGCAAGCCGAAGCCUACUUGGAGAUCCUCAAGCAAAUGCCCGCCGACUCCCCACAACGCGCCGCCGCCAUCAGCGCGUAUAUCGCCGGUUUCCACGGCGUUUUCGGCUUCCUGACCGCCCUGGCGGGUGUGGCUCUUGUGGUUGGCCUCUUUGUCAAGCAUUUUGAGAUCAACAAGGAACUCAUCACCGAGCACACGCUGGUCAGCGACUCGCGCCUCAGCGGCUGGCGCCACUCGUACCAGGGCCAGAGCCACAGCCAGGCCGGCACUCACAGCGGGCAGUCGACUGCUCAGCACUCGCGCAUGCCCAGCCCGGAGCGCGGAAGCCAGCUGCUUGUCGCGGAGCAGGUCUAA